UGUGCACGCCCGCCCCGCCCCCGAGCAGAUCCCAGCCGGAGGCCUCGGCACCCUGCUGAGGAUGCAGACAGGCUGGGAACGGGCUCUGUGCCGGGCUGGGGUCGCCAAGAUCAGCCUGGACAAACACGGGCAAAUCUGGAACAGGCUGGGAGCAAAGCCAACGGGAGCGUCUCCCACGCCGCCCAGCAGCCCCCGCGCCCGCCGCUCCGAGGAGCCUUCCCAGAGUCUGGGUGGCCAGCAAGGUUUCCGGUGCUCCCGCUGGAGCCAGCGUGGGAACGGCGCCAAAGCAGAACCCGAGGGGAUCUCAGCGCGACAGGGAAGGAGACAAAGCAGAACCCGAGGGGAUCUCAGCGCGACAGGGCAGGAGACAAAGCAGAACCCGAGGGGAUCUCAGCGCGACAGGGCAGGAGACAAAGCAGAACCCGAGGGGAUCUCAGCGCGACAGGGCAGGAGACAAAGCAGAACCCGAGGGGAUCUCAGCGCGACAGGGCAGGAGACAAAGCAGAACCCGAGGGGAUCUCAGCGCGACAGGGCAGGAGACAAAGCAGAACCCGAGGGGAUCUCAGCGCGACAGGGCAGGAGACAAAGCAGAACCCGAGGGGAUCUCAGCGCGACAGGGCAGGAGACAAAGCAGAACCCGAGGGGAUCUCAGCGCGACAGGGCAGGAGACAAAGCAGAACCCGAGGGGAUCUCAGCGCGACAGGGCAGGAGACAAAGCAGAACCCGAGGGGAUCUCAGCGCGACAGGGCAGGAGACAAAGCAGAACCCGAGGGGAUCUCAGCGCGACAGGGCAGGAGACAAAGCAGAACCCGAGGGGAUCUCAGCGCGACAGGGCAGGAGACAAAGCAGAACCCGAGGGGAUCUCAGCGCGACAGGGCAGGAGACAAAGCAGAACCCGAGGGGAUCUCAGCGCGACAGGGCAGGAGACAAAGCAGAACCCGAGGGGAUCUCAGCGCGACAGGGCAGGAGACAAAGCAGAACCCGAGGGGAUCUCAGCGCGACAGGGCAGGAGACAAAGCAGAACCCGAGGGGAUCUCAGCGCGACAGGGCAGGAGACAAAGCAGAACCCGAGGGGAUCUCAGCGCGACAGGGCAGGAGACAAAGCAGAACCCGAGGGGAUCUCAGCGCGACAGGGAAGGAGACAAAGCAGAACCCAAGGGGAUCUCAGCGCGACAGCGGCCGGCCUGCGCGCCGGGCGUGGGAAGGAGACAAAGCCAGGCCAACAGGGCUACGUCUACACUGUUCUCGGCUGGAAUCCGUGUGCCGGAGCAACACAAGCCGGAGCCAGGCAAACCCGGAGCUCCUGGGAGAACUGGGGCAGGACGAGCGCUGCCAGCACAGAAAAUGA